ACUCACUCACCAUGCCGCUGCCCCCCUUGCCAGCAAAAGCAGCGUACAUAACGCUCAACAACGCGGCCAAGCGCAACGCGCUCAGCCUGGCGAUCCUGCGCAGCCUGCACGCGCAGCUGUCGUCAGCGCUCACGGGGCCGAGCGGGGAGGUCCACGUUCUCCCGGCGUUCCGGCCAGAGAUCCUCGACGAGCUCGAGGCGCACGCGCCGCAGCAUGCGUGGCUGUACGAUGCAGACGUGUACGCUGCUGCAAAGCUGCCCUCGGCGCUCGUCCUGCGCUCCGAGGGGCCAGUCUUCUCGAGCGGACACGACCUGAAGGAAAUGGCGACGAUAACCCGCGACGAGGUCAAGGAGACGUUCGCGCUCUGCGCAGACGUGAUGCGGCUUAUUCGCCACUCGCCCAUCCCAGUAAUCUGCGGCGUGCAGGGCCUUGCAACUGCCGCGGGGCUGCAACUGGCUCUCACGGCCGACUACACGAUCGCAGGGGCGAGCACGCCGCUCAAGCUGCCCGGGGCGACGAUCGGCCUGCCCUGCGCGAGCCCAGCCACGGCCGUCUCGCGCCGCGUAGGCAACGCAGCGACGUACCGCAUGCUCCUGACCGCUGACACGGUGCAUGCGCGCGAGUUCCGGCACGCGAUCGACGUGGUUGAUCCGCCCGCCGAGGCUGUGGCCAGCGGCCUGCCUGACGUCGUGGCGGACGCCGAGGCGGCCGCGUUCGAGGCGCGUGUCAAGGACGUCGUGGAGCGCGUCGUUGCGUUCCCCGGCCAGCCGACUGCCAUGGGCAAGUGGGCUUUCUGGACCCAGGCUGGGUUGCGGGGCGACGCGCCAGGCGAGGGCGGCGGCGACGGCUACGACGAGGCUGUGGGCUGGGCGGGGCGCAUCAUGGCCUUCCUUGCUCGUCAGGCGGACGCUCGCGAAGGGAUGCAGGCCUUCUUGGAGAAGCGCAAGCCCGAGUGGAAGACGUAGUAAUAGUUGCCAAUGUCAGAAGUGCCCAACG